AUGGUGAAUUGAAUCGCUAAGGACUAAGGACCAAUUCGGACCGAUUCGGAGCCAGACGGAGCGCCCACGAGCUGCAACGAGCGCGCGCUGGUCACUUUCACUUCCCGCCCCACCUCCCUCCCACUCUUCACCUCCUUUUUUUAUCAACAUGUGAGUGCCGUCGCAUUCCUUCCACUCCAUCAUUCACGACGCUGCAGCUGGAACGGCAUUCCACGACGAACCGAACCGGGAAUCUAGCCCAACCCGGGCUCAGCGGCCGAGACCACACACCAUUCCCCGUGUCAGACGCCAUGUACUGUACCUCAUCCCCCAUCCCCCCAUCCUCCAUCUCACAUCUCACAGGGCACGCAAAUUCCUUGUCGGGGGCAACUUCAAGAGUCAGUUUUUUUCCCCAUCGCGACGUAGAAAGGCCGGCGCUUGGUUACUUCCCCUAUCGCCGCCCCGACUGCUGACCGACGCCCGUACACGCCGUAAUCUCCGCAAUGCAGUGAACGGCGACUUGGAUACGUUGACGACGCUGCUCACCCAGUUCAACGAAGCCAAGCUCGACCCCAACGUCGGUCAGUCACUCACACCUCUCACUCACUCGCGCUCAUGCUAGAACUAUUCCCAUACACUGACUCCAAGUCGUGUAGAGGUCAUCAUCUCCCCUCCGGCUUUGUACCUCAUCCCCUUGAAGGAGCACGCUCGCAAGGUAAACCGAUCAAGCGCCACUUUCCGAUCUGAUCUCACGCCGACGAUGGCAAAAGCGAAGAUGCUGAUCAUCAUUACUUUGGGGGUCUGAUCCUGAUCACCAGGAGAUCGCCAUCGCCGCUCAGAACGCUCACCAGCUCGGUUCGGGGGCCUACACCGGUGAAAUUUCGCAAGUGAAACCCCCCCUCCCCCCCUGAAUCGCUCCGACAUCGUACUCACCUCAUCUCCGAUCUCUCAGGAUCAAGCAAUUGAAGGACGUCGGCCUCAAGUGGGUCAUCCUCGGCCACUCGGAGCGACGAACCUUGUUCCACGAGUCCGACGAGCUCAUCGCCGAAAAGGUGCGCGUACAAAUUCAGCUCAAACCUACCCCAGCGAAAUCCCUUGCUAAUGUGUAGUUCGAUCACAUCGUCCACAGACCGCAGCCGCGAUCAAGGAAGGCAUCUCGGUCAUCCUCUGCUGCGGCGAGUCGCUCGAAGAGCGCAAGGCCGAAAAGACGGUCGAGGUCAACAUUCGUCAAUUGCGCGCCGUAGCCAAGGUGCUUUCCAAGGACGACUGGAAGCACGUCGUCAUCGCGUACGAACCCAUUUGGGCGAUCGGGACCGGCCUCGUCGCGACGCCGCAACAGGCCCAGGACGUACACAAGGAGAUCCGAGCCUGGUUGAGCAAAGAGAUCUCGCCCGAGGUCGGCGCCGAGACGAGGAUCAUCUAUGGUGGUUCCGUCAAUGAGAAGAACGCAAAAGAGCUUGGUCAGUACUUUGAUUGUGGACGACUCGAUCGAAGUAGAUUGAAGAACUGACCUGGAGCACGCACUCCACUCCUCGGUCUCGCUCAGCCGCCUGCCCCGACAUUGACGGUUUCCUCGUCGGUGGUGCCUCGCUCAAGCCAAGUUUUGUCCAGAUCGUCAACUGCAAGACCGAAGGUGGCAAGCUCUAA